AUGAGUGGGCACGGCAGCGGCAGCGCGGGCAGGGAGACCCCCUUUUCUCGCCAGGCCGCUGGCCUGAGCGCCGCCGCGGGCCCCGGCACGCCAGCCCAGCAUGCGGCGCUGCCGCUACCGCCACAGCCCAGCUAUGAGGCCAUCGGCUAUCCCGACCCGCCGCUGCCGCCGCCGCCGCACCGCGAAGAGCCUUAUUUCUACAAGACCCAGCUCUGCCGCUACCACAGCUCGCCGUUUGGCUGCAAGUACCGCUCCAGAUGCACCUUUGCCCACGGCCACCACGAGCUGCGCCACAGCCGCUUCACAGGCACCGUGCCUGGUCCCCACGCUGCCGGCGGCAGCCAGCAGCCGCAGCCUCAGCAGGCGGCAACGUGGCAUGGCCCCAGGCCCGCUGCUGGGCCAUGGCAGGCAGCUGCGCCGCAGGAGGUCAACCCUGCUGAGGUGGCGGCGCUGCUGCAAGGCACGGCCUACCCAGCGCCGGCAGGCCGCGGUGCAGCGGCUGAGCGCGCGCCGGCUGUCAACACGCUGGGAGCUGGCGCUCAGUCGGUGGCAGCCAGCCCGAUGCUGCCCACAGAGCUGCCCGCGCCCUGGCUCCUGCACGGGCCCUCCACUGCCGAGGCGGCGGCGCCUGUCGCGGCCAGCGGCGCUCCCCUGGCGCCUCCCGGCGGCAGCCCGAGAGCAGCAGCAGCCCCACCCGACCAAGCAGCGCAGCCUGGCCAGGGGAAGGGGGCGGGCUGUAGCGGCGCCGCCGCUGCGGCAGCAGGGUCUGGGGCCGGCGGGAGCGGCAGCUGCCACGUCAGCAGCACCGAGGCGGUGUGCAUACCCGCUGACAUCCAGGGUGUGCUGCAGCGCCGCUUCAACAGCCCCAUCACGUGCCCCAUCACGCUGGAGCCGUUUUCCGACCCCGUGGUGGCGGCGGACGGCAACAUCUAUGAGAAGCAGGCCAUCGAGGAAUGGCUGUACAGGGAGGGCAACGACACCUCGCCGCUCACCAACCAGCCGCUGGCCCACAAGAUGCUGAUGCCGUGCGGCACCAUGCGGUGGUGCAUGAUGGAUGUGGUGCAUUUUGUGACCGCCAUGCGGCGGCAGGUGCUGUGA